UGCGCCACGCCCAACUUUGACCAAGAAUAACGUUGCGCAGGUGAACGAACCACUGAGCGGUGCGGCGGAGACGUUAGACUGGUAGAGGAUAGGAACAAUGGAUGAUGAGAAGGAAACGUAUUUACAAGAUGACUAAAAUGUAUGUCGUUUACCCUGUGUAGAAUUAAUAGCCUAUUGAUAUUUUUGCGGCCAAAACUAUUUCCAACCAGUAUCAACAAAAAGUUUAAACUAGGCUAAAUAGCAUCAAAAAAGGAGAGUAGGCUAUGGAGCAGCGAGGUGGCGCUUGGCUGGAUACAAGUGCCCCUUUCCAGGAUGAGAUGCGGAUUUCAGUCCGGAAUGUGACAUCGAUGGCGGAGGCUCGGCUCAACUUGUCCCCCCGAACUAAACUGAUUCUGGAGGUCCUGAUGGUGUUGAUGUGUCUCGGCGCAGUCACAGGUAACAUCCUGGUGAUUGUGAUAGUGGCGGCCACCAAGACCUUCCACUGCGUGACAUCAGUGCUCAUUAUGAACCUGGCCAUCAGUGACCUGUUGGUCGGGGUUGGAGUCAUGCCCUUCAUAGCUCUCUCCAUCAUGAACAACGGAUGGGUCGACUGUACUGACCUGUGUCUGUAUGUGGGGUACACCUCCUCAGUCUACUGUACAGCCUCCGUCCUGACCCUGGCAGCCAUCGCCCUGGACCGCUACCACUCUAUCAUGGACUGUCUGCGCUACAGUUCCCACUGUACCCUAUGGAGGAAGUGUGCUGUGGUGCUGUGGAUCUGGCUCCAGGCCCUGGUCACCAGCUGUCCUCCUCUGCUGGGCUGGAGCACUGUGUCCUACAUGGCUCCCAUGUACAGCUGUGCGGUGAACUGGAAGAGCAGUCCCAGCUACACAGCCUUCAUGGCUGCCCUGUCCUUCCUCAUGCCUGCUGCAGUAAUCCUCUUCUGUUACGUCAUCAUCGUCCGUGUAGCCCGGAGCCACGCCAGGAGGAUCCACAACCUGGAGGACCAGCUCCAGAGAAACACUGGAAUGCCGAGCUCCUCCUUCCCGACCGAGAGUACUUCUGAGCGGACUAGUCCGAGGUGUCUAGGUGCCCACGGUCCUUCCACCUCCAGGCUGGUGUAUCAUCUGAGUGGGCGGUUUGUAUCGGAGACCCAUGGAGAGGUUGGGGACGAGGUUCCUUCAGGGUCAGAUCAUACUGCUGGAGCUCCACAGACCUCCAACCACCCAGACUCUACCUCCAGCUCCAAUGCUGCAUCCCGGAGACUGUUCUCCUUCCUGGCCCAACACGCCCCCCAUGGCCACCCCCAUCCGCCCCACCAGAACUCCAACUCCAAUCACCUCCACCACCACGGGGUUGUACGUCUCUUCCUGGUUAUCGCCGCCUUCUUCCUGUGUUGGACUCCAUAUAUAGGCGUUGCGCUAGUCCAGGCCACGGAGACCGCCCUAUCGUGUAAGUCCUCCUUAGUCCCGCCUUCAGCGGUUACCUUCUCCUAUUGGUUGGUUCUGUUGAACUCAGACAUCAAUCCUCUGCUGUAUGCUCUGCUCAGUCAGAGGUUCCAGGGGGCUCUGCGUUGCCUGAAGCAGAAGAUCAGAGUGCGUCUUGGGGGGAACGUGGUGGGGAGAGGGGAGGAGCAGUGA